GUGAUCAGAGUGUACACGUUUUUAGCAUUGCGGAUCCCUAGAGAAUUUUGCCUUUAAGAAAUUACUUCAAUAUUUUGAUGUCAUCAUCUUGCCUGUAUACCUUGGGCCAUUGCAAAUAUAUAUCUUCAGGAUGAACAAACAUUGUACGGAUCUACUACUAUUGUCAAUGUAUCUUGUCAUCUCUGCCACAAACUGUCAAACCUUAAGACCUCUUCAUCUGUCGCCAUUUAUUCGUGAAGGGAAGAUAACUGAAGCCCAGAAGCUAAGCGAAGUUGCAGACGAGAGAGGAGUUAUCCCCAAAAGCUAUGCCGGUUUUAUCACUGUUGAUCAGAAAGUAGGAAACAAUUUAUUUUUUUGGUUCUUUCCCGCCAUCCAACCCAGCGUUAGGUCUUCUGCUCCACUUUUAUUGUGGUUAAAUGGCGGGCCCGGCGUGACGUCAAUGUUUGGUCUGUUUCACGACAACGGGCCGAUCAGACUAAGCUCGAAAAUCAAUGAAUCCUCAGAUUACGAGAAAUGGAGCGAAUCAUGGGCCGAGACGUUUUCAAUGUUAUAUAUCGACAAUCCAGUUGGAGUAGGCUAUAGUUAUAGUGAGAGUGGCGAGGAAGGUUAUAGGUCAACACAAGAUGGCUACUCUGGAGAUCUUUAUGAGUUCAUCGAACAGUUCUACGUCCUGUUUCCAGACCACAAGCAAAGAGAGCUCUACAUCGGCGGCGCUUCCUAUGCUGGUCAGUAUGUUACAGGGUUCGCUUAUCUUCUGGCUCAAAUGAUUCAAUCUGGCAAAUCAAGUCUUCCUUUAGCUGGUAUCUACCUCUGCGCUCCCUAUUUGGACCCCAUGUCCCAAAACCUGGCAUACAUGGACUUCUAUCACUCCAAAGGGGCUGUGACCCCAAGGCAAAUCGAUGACUGGAAAAGGGAGACAAUAUCAACAAUAACAGCAUUCCAGAAGGGGGAGAUGACCCAGUAUGCUGUAACAGAAAUAAUGGAGUCGAUACGACCGACGUUCGGAUGCCCAGACGUGGGCAACUUCUUGUCAGAGGUGUACCCGCCGUUCGACGCGGUCCAAGACGUGAUGAAUUCGGACAGGUUGCGUCGAUUGGUGCACGCUGGAGACGCCUCCUUCCUUGCCACAAACAUGAGAGUAUACGAGAAGCUUGCGAAGGAUAUCCUGCACAGUUCUAGUUCCAAGUUGACUUUGCUCAUGGACAAGUUCAAGGUUCUCAUCUACAAUGGAGAUCUUGACGGCAUUGUCGGAUCGCCCGUCGUGGAGGCGGCUCUUGCGUCCACGCAUUGGUCCUUGCAAGGUGAAUACAAUGACUCUGUCCGACUUGUGUGGAAGCGGCGUGAUCGUCUGCUGGGAUUCUACUCAAAGGUUGGUCAGUUUUGUCGAGUGGUCAUCCAUAACGCUGGACACAGUGCGGGUCAUGACCAACCUGAUGUAACACGAGAAAUGAUGCUUCAGUUUACAACUAUGGGAUGUAUACAUGAGCAGAAAUGAACAGUAAUGAACAACAAAACUUUUUCAUACUUAUUAAGUGUGUGUGUUAAAAUAUAACUCCAGAUAGCUAAUAAGUGUGUCUAUGUUAAAAUGUAGCUCCAGAUAGCUAAUAAGUGUGUCUCUGUAUUAAGAUGUAGCGCCAGACAGUCAAUUAAUUAUUGCUUAUUAAUUAUAUUGUUUGUUAUCAAGUAAGGAAAAAUACUUGUACAUUAUUGAGAGAUAUCAAUGCAAGUGUGAAGUUCUUCCUCUUAGAUACUUUUUUUUUUUGUAUAUCCGAGAAUGGUUGUGUGAAAAAUAAUGAGAACCAAUAUAAAAGGGGAACGAACCCUUAAUAUUAGACAACGUUCACUUUUAGUCAACUUAUUACUAGGAAGUGUGAGCUUAUAUUGCACACCGUUUAACACGAGGGAUAGACGUCUUAAUGAUUCUAGAAGAAAGACUGUUUUAAAUUCUGCGGAAGUGAUCUGCAGGUUAUGAGAGUCUGAGUUGUCUGGGACAAGGAGCUGUCCUUCGUGCUACCAUUGAACUAUAUUGAGGACAUGGAGUGACACUGGGAAGUGCGUUGAUGGUCUGUACUAGUGUUUAUGUAGAAAAGGACUUGUAGAACUUAAGACAAGACUCCCUGUGACUUGAUAGCCGAAGUCCAUGUUUCACUGAGUAUUUUAUAAUUGUAAAUAAAAC